CGUGGAUCAAUACUACUUUUUUAAAUGUAAAGUCGCCGGAAUCCGGCCAUGCUUGGCGAAAUGUGUGUCGACUCCUGGUGAUGUCGAGACAUGUUGGUCUAUUGGAUCAAAUAUCCGACAGAUGCGUUUACCCAGUAGAGAAUCCAGCCCAACGAAACGCUUUUCUGCGUCAACUACCUCAAGCCAACGUAUGUCAACCGUUCGGAUGCUUUCCAGUUAGCGGCAGCGGUCAUGUUACGCGGUGGGACUUAACAGAACAGUCGAACAUAUUGGAGAAUGCCUAUUUGAAAUAUCACGAAGGGCUCAGUAGUAUGGAAGAUGAGGUGUAUAGGCAACGUAUGUCAUCUAUGCGUUGCCUCAUCGAUGCUCUGAAAAUGGUGAAUGAACAGCAUUCCCAAUGUGUUUGGCAAAAUGGUGCAUCGGAUACACUUUUGACUGCAGCCUACGUUACCAAACCGAUGAUUCGAAGUUUAAGCAGCAGAAUAGGCUUGGAUGCAGGUAAAUUAGACGGUGCAUCUCGACAAGGCACUCGGUACCGUUACCGGGAAGAGAAGUCUGUCGCCGCUAGAAUUCGUCCAUGCUUUAUGGAUCGGUGCCCUACUGCAAAUCACUUCAAGCUUAACUUCUUGCGAGCAGGUGACCGAAGUCUGGACACAAUGGCUACCAAGUGGAGACUACUCAACUCGCUACCCCCAUAUAACUUUCAGUUAACAGAACACGAUUCACAUGGCGUGUCAGCAAAACCACUGGGUUUGCGGAGACAUCGGAUUGCUCAUCUGCGAUACACGCCCUAGGUUUCUUUUCCGGUUCGAAAUUAUUUUCGCUCGCUUUCAGCAACACGUGCGAAAAGCUGCAAGAUGGGACGAAGAGAAGCGCGGAUUCUGCUUCUGUGAAUUUUAGGUUCACGAAUGAUUUCGCGAAUGCUUUCAUCCUAUUAAAUAGAAAAACAUUCAAGUCAACACGUGUUACCCGCGCUACACGGUCCUCACAAAGUUAUCCUCAUCAACCGCAGAUAUCAAACGUCCUGGUUUCAGUAAUAGGAUUCUGUUAACUUGCAAUAUUGCAAAAAUUCGCCGACUAAGUUUUGCAGGUGCAGUGAAGAAGUAUAGUGGUGAACCGAGUUUGCGUUAGGCAUAUUUAUGGCCACAAGGUUCAGGCGUGUACGGUAGGUUUCAGUCGAUUCGCUUCCGUUGUCCCAAACUAUCAGUCCUUUUCAACUCUGAACCAUGAAUGUCCACUCUGGUUGAGACCAAAAACGGUUUCCUCCCCUCUCUGUGCAUUAGCAGAAACUUGUAUAGCCUACGGCAUACUUUAAUUUUGAUGGUUUCUUUUCGACCAUCAAGUAAAAGUUGCAUUCCCCAGUUUUUGUCAUCCUGUAGAAUUGGCAUGAUUUGUUGUGAUCAUUUAAGCCGAUAUAUAACGAGGAAGAGCAUUAUG